AUGGCGCCGCCUCCAGGACCCUAUUCUGGAACCAGCACCCUCGCCUUGGUUGCUCGUGCGUCCGCAUUCUCCUUUGGACUCGUAUACGGAAGCAUUAAGCUCAAGUAUCUCAAGUGUGUUUCUGAUUACAAAUGGUUGUUGGGUUUGCUUUAA